GUGGCUCGUGCGCUUCCGCCUGUGCGGCUGCGUCGCGCCGCCGCUGGCGGCCGCCCUCGCCUGCGGCCUGCUGCUGCUGCGCGGCGUGGGUGCGCUGGUGCUGGCCGCGGACGAGCUCGACGGCGCGCUGGGGGGCAGGUGGUCCCCGGCGCGCGUCGCGCUGCUGGUCGCGGGCGCCGGCGACUGCGCGGCGGCAGCCGCCGGGCUGGCGGGCCGCCUGUUGCAGCGGGGCGCCCCGCUCACGGUCCUGCCCGUCUGGCUGUUCCUCCACCUGCCGCUGCUGGUGGCGCUCCUGCUCGGCAGCCCGUUCCGCAGUCCAGGGGAGUCCGCCGACACGUGGCUCGGCAUCGCUGUGGAGCACGUGGCUGGGUUGCUGCUCCAUCCAUGGACCUGGGGCUGGCCCUCGUCGGGGUUUGGGUGUUCCUCGACACCACGCUGAGAGAGACCCUGGCGCCGCACGCCAUCCGAGUCUUCGUGGAGGCGGAGACGCUGGCGUGGGCGCGCGCGGACCCCUCCUGCGACCGGCGCCACCUCGUGGUUGUCCUGCUGCAGAGCCACGGCCUGCGGCGCCUGCUGUCCGAGGCGGGCGCGGACCUGCCGCGCAUGCACGCGGAGCUAGUCGCCGGGCAGCGGGACUCGCAGGGCGCCGAGGACGACCCCGACGUGGUCGUGCACCUGUCGGACUACUGCCCGCUGGGCCACGACAUGGAGGCUACGCUCCACGGGGCGGCGUGCCAGAUGAGGCUGAAGGGGGAAGACCAGCUCCGUCUGGACCACCUUGUCAUGUCCCUCUGGGGCUCUGGCAGGGCCGCUGUGGAACUGCAGUCGCGGCAGGCGGCGGACGUUGCGGGCCCUCGGGUCGAUCCCCCGAUCGCCCAGUACCGGCUCAACGUGCGCCAUCUCGAGGAGCAGCUGCACGCGCUCAAGGCCCGCGCCGAGCAGGCGAGGCUGCUGAAGGGGCCACGGGGCCCCGUCGUCCUGGGGUGCCUGCCCCUGGAGCCUGCGGUGGCCGUGUACACGGCCAGCCGCGCAGUCCUCGCCACCGUCGCCACGGCGUGGAUGCUGCUCACGCAGACGAGCGCCGGGGCCAUGGUCGGCCUCAGCACCGUGCCGGAGAUGCGCUGGCUGGAGCUCGCCGUGCACGCCGUGUCCGCCGUCUGCGCAGCAGCAGGCAUCGCGGGAAUUCUCGAGCACCGUGGUGGUCGACACAGCAUCUUGGACGCAGCAUACGAUGCGUCUGGGAAUGGCGACAUAGUGUUGGAGGAGGCGCUGGAUGCCGUGUCUGACCAGAAGGAGGCUACCGAGUGGCUUGCAUCGCUGAAGCGAGGCUCGAAUAACAAAUGA